AUGAACAACAACAAUAGUCAUACAAAAUUCGAUAUUCUUCCCACAAUUAUGAAUUCACAACAUAAAUUGCUUGAACCUGCCUAUCUCAGGAAUACUCGAAGCAAAUUUAGUCACAACGAAAGCAAGGUACUACCUCCGAUCCAAAGAAGUUCCAUCAUCAAAUAAUUGGUUGUUCAAAGACUUGUUCUCAGCCUCGAUUUCAGUAACAGACAUUUCGGAGCUGCUUGCGAUAGAGGCUUUUAAGGUUUGUCUAAAUUUCAUUACUCCCAAAAAUUCGGUCACUCUAGUGCACGAUUAGAACCAUUGAAUAGAAAUGUGGUCACUGAACUUACUGAUACAGAGGACACAGAAUCCAUUCCAAAAGAGGAUAGGACAUAUUUCAAGAAAAUUUACAAAUAUCAAAAGAUGCCCAUACUUGCUUUAAUAAAAUCUUGCGAAAUAGAGUGGAUUAGGGAAUUUGAAGGCGAAGUGAACAAGAAAUCAACCAAGCCUCUUUAAUUGACAUUCUAAAUGGCUCUGGCCAUAUUUAACACUCAUUCAGAUCCCUUGGAUUUCUUUCAAAAAAACUUAUAAUUACUGGAGAGAAAUACUGUAGCCUUAAAGUAGAAGGGACUCAAUAGAUUGAAGUAUAAGGUUAAGCAUUUCAAUACAGAAGAGUUCCAAAGGGUGGUUGUGAUCAAGAACUAAUCCGGUUUGGGGUUCUUUAGAAUUUAUUUUCCAAUAAUUCAAUUAUACCAUCAAGAAUACUAAUAUAUAUAGACAAUUGAUUUGUCCCCCCAAAAACUAUAUGAUAUUGUUAAGAAUAACUUCUUUGAGAUGCAUUCAUUUGCAGAAUAAUUUGACAAUCAAAACUUGCAAUUAUACCUCUAAAGCAAACUUGAUCAUGAACUCAUUUUAUAAGAUUUAAAUGAGCCGCAGUCUUAAUAGCAAAUAUCAUAAUCAGAUUUACUCAUUAAUCCUUAAGAUAAUGCAUUAAUAAAGAAUUGGGGAUUCUAAUAAUUGAUUGUAAAUUUAUAAUUAAUUAAUUUUUUAGAAAAACAUGAAUUUCCUGAAAAGAUUUUAUCACAAAGGUGGAUAAAGAAAGUUACAAGUUUCGAUAACAAUUUUUAUACUUGCGACUUUUUACCAACUUAAAUAUUAAUAAGGGAGAAAAUAUCAUAGCAAAUUAUUAAAAUCUAUUCUCCUACUCUCAAAGAAUUGGAUUCAAUUAUUGACUUAUUGAAUACAAAGAACAUGCAGCAGAUACUUGAUGAACACGUUGUAACCAUAUUUGAUUUACCUCCAGAAGCUUUUAAUUAUAAGGAUUUUAAGAAGGGAACUAAGAUUAAAUUGAAUUUACCUGAAAUUACUGAAUAACCAAUUGAGAUCACAGAAGAAUAAAUCAACAAUGGUUUAUUGAAUUACUGGACGAAAGAGAUUGAAAUUAAUAAUAAAGAUCUACAAAUCAUUAUUGAACCUUGUAUAUUGGAAAUAUAUGAUUAGUUAAAGGCUAGUACUAUUAAAAGAGUAUGCACUUCAAAGGAACUAACUUAAAUUUUAUCCAAAAGAUAUUAAAUUACAUAUAGAUUGAUAUGA